AUGCCGAUGCUGCAGUAUGGGACCGACAUGCCCUUCCACAGCGCGCACGAGUCCCACGCUACAGCCUUCAACAUCAUCGCGAACAUAGAGGGCCAACAACACAUGCAGGAUUACAUCACGCUGACCCUGAAUUGCUGGACGCUGAGCAUCAAUUUCAACAUCAGCACGGACAUAGAGGGCCAGCACUUGCAGGAUUACACCACGCUGACCCUGAAUUGCCACCAGCGGAACAAUUGCAUGCGGACCUUGAAUUUCCACCUGGACUUGAGUUUCGACAUGAACGGGACCCUGGACAGCCUCCACCAUACAUGGGUCCACUUCGGCUGGGGCCGUGGGGCCCGCACAAACAGCUCAGCAGGCUGCAGCAUCGCAGCAUCCAAGCGCCUCUUCCGCAAGAUAGACAUCGUCAAAGUACUGCACCCCCUACAACCCGACCUGCGGGGCCGCGCAGGCGCCGUCGAGCUGCACCGAGGCCAGCUCCGUCUUCGACUCAUCGUUGCCUACCACGCCAGCGACGAGACCGAGUUCGGACGCUUUAUUCACGACCAGCUCUUGACUCACCAGCUGACGGCCAUCAACACGCACAUCCACGUCGGCAACACCUACUACGGGCCUAACAAAGCAAGAUCACGCAUCUACUACUUCAUCGGCUACGACAACCUUAUGGAGAUCGUGAAAUACGUGAAGCUGAAUUGGAACAUCCACACCAAGCUACGUAGCCUACUACACGUUGCCGACCACGUCCCCAUGAUUAUGCAGAUCAGCGGCGUCAAUAUCACGAACCACAACAUUCGCUGGGACUUCGGCCUCCUCGCUGCCGGGCUCCAGACGGGCGCCCACCGUGUUUCUUUUCUCAAUGACGUUUACGCCGAGAUCGGCAAACACAAGGAGUAUCUGACGCGCCCUGGUGUUCAACGGGCAGGGAUGGGACAUGACACCGCCGACUAUCAAUGCGCUGACCCGCUCGCCGAGCGGGUCUACCAACCCAGUCGACGGAAGCUCGUGAUCGACUACGACGUCAGCUCCACCAUCAUCCAGACCUUCGUCACAUUCGCUGGCACCCUCAAUUCGCAGGGUGAGAUCUCCGCAGACCCGAACGUGCACCCGUGGGCCACGCAGCUCGCGGACGAUCUGCUGUGCCUGUCGUCCCACACGAUCGGCGAGAGCUUUCAGGAAGCGACACCCCUGCGGCACGCGCUGCCAUUCGUCAGUCGGUGGAACGCAUCGUGGGCAGCGACCUCCGCAGCAGACCUAGACACCGACCACUUCGACGGCUACGAGCGGCACGGCCCCCAGCAGCAGCACAUGCAACAUCUACGCGGUCACUUCGAGUGGCUACUGUCUCCUCUACGCCUACUCUUCCUGCACUUCCUCAUGGGCCAGGCGAUGACGGCGAUGGCGCCCAAGCAGAGAGCGCCGUGGCGACUCCCGCUGGACUCCUCCCAGGGCUCGAAGGGCUUUGGCACCGCCUCCAGCGCCGCGCCAGGCCAGAAGGCGACAAAGGCCUCACGCCCGCCAGGCCCGCCGCCGCCGUCGCAGAGGCGAUCGCGAUCACCACGAACGCCAACCGAGGAAGGGGGGGCAGCCACGCCAGAAACCACGCCCACCGAGGUGGACGAGGGAGACAUCGGCGAGGGCAAGAAGCUGUCGCUCCAGGCGACGCACAAGACCAGGCUGAAGUACAGCAUCAGCACGGACACCUACACUAUGAGCAACGAGCAACCAGUGAUCACAGCCAUCACGCAGGAGCUCGAGGGCGACAAGCACGCCCUGGACCCCCUCAAGAAGAGCGGCGCCCCAGAGGACAAGAAACGCCUGAAGGAGAUAGGGUCGCCAGCUCCUUCCCUCGCGCUGGCGGCCUUGGAAGGACUGCACAAGUGCGACGUGGGCGGCGCUAUGCCGAGCGCCAUUCGGAACUGCUUGCUCCGAGGGGACCCCGAGGACAUCGGGGCGGAGGCGGAGAUCAGCAAGGAAGAUCUCAUCGACGUCAUCUCCUUUGUGCGUCUGGAGAAGUGCCACGACCACACCAAGACGAAGCUGGUGAUCGGCGCGCCCAUGUGGGAGGGACGAGACCUGAUCAACCGCGCUCUCGAGGCCGAGGGCCAGGCGGUCCACCACAGAGGCGUGGCCGAGGGCCGCGCGGGCUGGCUCGAGGAGGAGGAGCCCGGGGCGGAGCAGAAGUUCCAGGAGAUCGCCAAGGCCUACGAGGUGCUGCAGGACCCUCAGAAGAGGCAAAUGUACGACCAGUUCGGCGAGGCCGGGGUCAACGGCAUGGGCGGUGGCGGAGGCCCUGGAGGCAUGGGCGGCAUGGGCGGCAUGGGCCUGGAGGACCGCCCCGGCUCCCACCCUGUACGGGAGGUGGCAUGGGUGGCAUGGGCGGCAUGGGCGGCAUGGGCGGCAUGCGCGGCCGCCAGAGAAGGACCCAAGGUCCGCAGAAGGGCUCCGAUUUGCAGUGCGAGGUGGAAGUGGACUUCCUGUCGGCCUGCUUCGGCGAGGAGAAGAAGGUUCGGCGGGCGAAGAAGUGUGCGGCACCUGCGAGGGCGCCGGCCGGAAGAAGGGCAGCACGAAGUCGCAGUGCGCGCAAUGCUACGGGCAGGGCGUCGUUAUCCAGGCGGUGCAGACGCCCCUGGGCACCAUGCAGUCGCAGUCGGUGUGCCCGUCGUGCCAAGGCUCAGGAGUCGACCCCGCCUCCUUGUGCUCCAACUGCAGAGGCACGGGGACGAGGCCCGAGACCAAGGAGGUCACGGUGAAGUUCCCGCCCGGAUGCAACACUGGCAACCAGCUGCGCGUGCGCGGCGAGGGCGACAAGGGGCAGAAGAGCGGCCCGCCCGGCGACCUGUACAUCUCCGUCAAGGUCAGGGACUCCUCGGAUUUCCAGCGCGAAGCGUUCGACAUCUACACCGAGGGCUCCAUAAGUUGCUUCGACGCCAUCCUCGGCACGACGCUGGAGGUGAAGACGAUCGACGGUGUCAGCGAGAUCAAGGUUCCGCCGGGCAUUCAGCCGGGCACCCAGAUGCGGCUGAAGGGCCGGGGCGUGCCAAAGCUUGGCAAGACCGACCGCGGCGACCACUACGUUCAGGUACAGGUGGAGGUGCCCAGAAACCUGAGCGCCGACCAGCUGGAGAAGGUCAAGGCCCUGCGCGGGGACAGCUGAGGCGCCCCCCGCCCCAGGCGCGCCCUCGGAGGCCGCCGCCGCUCGUGGAGCGCCCACCUCCGCGCGGGCGGCUGAGGGGGUCCUUCUCCUCCUCCUCCAACUUAUGGUGGUGGUGGAGAACAGGCCCAUCAUGUGAGUGGCGUCGGGGGGGGGGCGCCCUUAGGAAGAUGAGGAAGCCUCAUCGACGGCGGACGCCACUAGUGCCAAAAUGCCUAUCCCCAGAAGAGCUUGCCGAUUUUUCAUGCCAAUUCGGUGCGCGCGAAGGCAGCUUUGUUUUGAUCCCCGUAUUAAGCCCUUUUUCAGGUGUUUCGCGCUGAGGGCAUCCCAGCGCCACAAACGUGCUACCUCCGAGGUCGGCUGGCCACACUCAGGGUUUAGGGUGGGCGUCGCCGCGGCCGCCUCCGGUGUCGUCCUUGGCUCCGCCGUCGUCAUCGUCGUUGCCGUAGUUGUCGCCGUCGCCGCCUCAUCGUGUUCCCCCUGCCUCGUCGUCGUCGUCGUCGUCGCCGUCGCUGCCGCCGCUCCCGUCGUUGUCGUCGUUGUCGUCGCC